AUGGGGCCUAGCAGCAAGAUGCUCACGCCAGGGGAAUUCCCAGGGAAUAUAACUGCAAAAAAUGUUGUCCCAGCCUCUGAGAUCAUUGCUGUAGAAGAAACCGAAAUUGAUAAGAAGCAAUGUGAUAGCGGAAAAUGGCAAAAAAUGUCAAAACCACAUGCUUUCACAGUGCAUUAUGUUAAAAGAGCACGAAACCACCGCUGGCGGUGCAGUGAAAUAACGUUUGGGUGCAUUGAUGAACAGCUGUGCAACCAGUGGAUACAGGCACUUAAAGAAUUACUUGAUUCACAGAAGUCUAGGCCAAAGCAAUUGCUUGUAUAUAUUAAUCCAUAUGGUGGAAAACGGCAAGGGAAGAGGAUCUAUGAACAAAAAGUGGCUCCACUCUUUAAUCUAGCUUCUAUCUCAACUGAUGUUGUUAUAACUGAACAUGCUAACCAUGCUAAAGAUAACUUAUUUGAAGUUAAUAUAUACAAAUAUGAUGGUAUUGUUUGUGUUGGUGGGGACGGCAUGUUCAGUGAAGUGAUGCAUGGUCUAAUUGGAAGAAUACAGAAGGAUUCUGGCAUAGAUCAAAAUAAUCCCAAAACGCCGUUAGCCCAAUGCAGUAUAAGGAUUGGCAUAAUCCCUGCUGGUUCCACAGAUUGUAUAUGCUAUGCAACAGUGGGCAUCGUUGAUCCAGAAACAUCAGCAUUACACAUUAUUGUAGGUGACUGUCAGCCUUUGGAUGUCUCCUCUAUACAUCACAACAACACAUUUCUGAAAUACUCUGUAUCACUGUUGGGUUAUGGUUUUUAUGGAGAUAUAUUAAAAGACAGCGAAAAGAAGCGGUGGAUGGGUCCAAUGAGAUAUGACUUUUCAGGUUUCAAGACAUUUCUCUCUCAUCAAUACUAUGAGGGAACAGUUUCUUUUCAACUGGCAAAAGGUACAGUGGGAUCUCCAAGAGAUAAAGAAAGCUGUAGAACAGGGUGCCACAUUUGCAGGCAAACUAAGCAACUAGAAGAGCAACAGAAGAACUAUGGAUUAGAACAUAAAGAGGUUGAAGAUGAAUGGAAAGUUAUUAAAGGAAAGUUUUUAGCUAUCAAUGCAGUAAACAUGAGCUGUGCUUGUCCACGGAGUCCAAAAGGCCUUUCACCAGCAGCUCACUUGGCUGAUGGCUCUGCUGACCUCAUUCUAGUUCGCAAAUGCUCCAGAUUUAAUUUUCUGCGGUAUCUUGUCAGGCAUACAAACCAGGAUGAUCAGUUUGACUUCCCAUUUGUAGAUGUUUAUCGGGUGAAAAGGUUUCAGUUUAUGUCAAAGCAAUUGGAAGACAAUGAAAGUGAUAUCAAGGAUGUAGGAAAAAAACGUUUUGGUCAGUUCUGCAGUGAUCAUCCAGCCUGUUGCUGCAAUCUGGUUAACAGCACCUGGAACUGUGAUGGUGAAACAUUGGAUAGUUCAGCUGUUGAAGUCAAGGUUCGUUGUCAGUUAGUAAAACUCUUUGCAAGAGGAAUAGAGAACUAUAAAGAUGAAACUGCUUACAACUUGAGUUCAAAUGAACUAUUAUCAUAGAUAUCCUUCCAUGCCGUUAAAAAGUUUGUUAUUAUGAGUAACUAUGCAUUUCAACCAUUGUUAUAAAUAUUUAAAAUUGGAAAUUUUUUUUGAUGGUUACAGUAUAAUUUUAGAAAUAUUUUAUUCCACCUAUCUACUCUUUAAGGAUUAUAAUUUUUGGUGCAUCAUCAGGUUAUAGUUCAGAGUAGCUUAAUCUGAAUUAUGUGUGGUAGGGAGGAAGAAUUGGCUUACAUUUUACAAUGACUGAUGUCCAAUGUAUUUUUAAAAGAGAAUUUAAUGGAUGUGCUACAAUAGUAAGUAGGUGUUAUGAAGUAUUGUACUUAGCAUUGAAAAAAUGAUUGGAGUAGAUCAAAAUGAGGCCUCUGUAGUGUCAGUUGGACAAGGCCACUUUGAUAGAAUUAUUCUAUAAAUGCAUGUGAUUAAAUCCUGGAAGGUAAUAACAUAGUGUCAUUCAUUUUACCUUUUAUUUUUUUGGUAAAAUCUGAUAAAAUGCAUUAUAUUAUUCGGCCUAUAUCUUGCAACUUAUCAAUGCAAUUCAAAUAUACAUUCCUGGCUUUAAAGAAUAAUUUUAAGAGUUGUAGAAAUAUUUUAGUGAAUAAAAAGCACAUCUGUAUAUAGAUCAUAUCUUAUUUUACAUAGGGUAUUUAUAAAAGCUCCCUUGCAUGUUCCUCUGUAACAUUCUAAAGGGGUUUUAUGAACUGUCUAGAUGUUACCAAAUAUAUAAACUGCAGCUGAUAAAUCAUGGGAGCAGUUUACAAGGGCAUUUUCUAAUACCAGAAAGCCACAGGAAAGGGAAAAAUUAUAAAUAUAUUAUAAAGCACCAGCAAGUUUUAAUUUUUUUUAAAUAUGUAAAAAGCAUAUACAAAAAUCUUCCCUCUUCAGGAAUGACAAUGGCACGGUCCUUUGGAGAUUCUAUUUACAAUGUGAAAUGUCUUCAAAAUAAGGUGUCAAAAUGUUCAUCUUAAAUAUGUAACUUGAUUGACUGCAAGGUUUUUACAUACUUUUAAAGUUAGAUAUAGAAAUAGGCUAUGUGAAGUCAUAGGAAGAAACUGGCAUUUGAGAAUUCACAAAUUAGUCUCUCAACUGUUUGCUGUUUGUAGCAAAGAAAAUGGACUGUCCUGAACAGAAAUGGGGCAACUAUUUAAAUAUGUAUAUUUAGUUUGUGUAUUGUAACACUCCUGUGCUCUGUGUAGAUUUGGGGCCAGAUUCUGCCCUAUUAUAACAGGUUACACCUCUGUAAUAGAGAUCAGAAUUUAGCACCCUUUCUUUAUGCUGCAUUUUGUUGAGUGUAUUCUUUGCUUUAAAAGGUUCCAUGUCUUUUGUUUUGUGUCUGAAUAACUAACAGUACUGUAUUUACAUAUAUUUAUUGAAAUUUAUGUUGUACUGUUUUUCUCCCAUCUGUUUGUUUUGUCUAAACCUUGAUAACUGUUCAUUUUAUUGCUAAAGCACUUGAAAGAACAGUUAUCUUAGAUGGUUGCUUUUUUCGUUGAAGAUAUUUACAUUCAAGUCAAUGUGUAAUUACUAAUGGUGUGCUGUAUCAUCACUACACUCUUCUCCUGCUGUAUAUCAUAACAUUUAUGCAAAGUCAUUUAAAAAUACAAUACCAUAGAGCUUAGGAUCUAUUUUUCAUUAUGUACUAUGUCAGAGAAAUACUUGAAGUUGUGCUAUUUUAUCCUGUUUUGCAGUGGAAUGAGUUGGAACAUUGAUUGGACCAAGGUUGUUCACACAUAUUUAACUUUAAAAUCUUAUUUACAUUUUAUUUUUCAAACCACAUUUACAAAGCGUAGCACAAUAGUUUGAAGUAAAUACCUCUCUGAAAAUACUGUUAUCCUGUUUUACAAAAAGAAGUAUUUUAUAAAGGCAUUAAGUCUGUGUGAAAGCUAUCAGGCCAGUUCAGUGAUAGGGCUUGUUAGGGGGAAACCAUGCUCGAGCUCUUCUGAACCUUGGGCAGGCAGAGGCUCACCAGCUGGCUCACCAGUACUGUAGAUGUGGCACGUUCAGUUCACCAGCAGAUACACUGAGGCAUCUAGUCCAGCUGGUUAGGAGCAUUUGCUAGGAACUUACAGAUGAGUAUUAUCUAGGUGUCCCAGGUCGUUUCUUAACUCAGGUAAGAGGUUCAAAUACAGGCAAAGCAAGGAUAGAUAGGUAAAAUCCCUUAAGCCUGUCAUGAAUGUUCAUUGAAACUCUUUUAGGAACUCCUACUGCCUGAAUCUGUGUGUGGUGUUUCCAAAAGAACUCCAUUCUAAAGGACCUUAUUACAAGGAAUAAAGAAGUUGCAUACUAUAGAAAGUAAAUAUUUGCGCUAGUGCAACAUAGGAAAGAGUUCAAUAACUGACAAGCUAUGUAGUUGCAGCUGAAUAUUUUUCCUUGUAGCAUAUUACAUUAGUGAAGAACUAUAUAUAAUUAUUUGACAUCUUUCAGUUUAGAAAAAAUCUGUGUAAGUACUGUCUGCUUGUAUUGUCAUUCAUAGUAGAAUAGGACUCUUCGUCUCACAAAAGACAGUCUAAAUAUAAAAAUUAUGGAUGGAAAAACUAAUAGGUUUUAAUCUUGCUGGCUUCAAGAUUAGAAAAAUACAUUGUCUUGUGAUCAUGUGAAGCCCUCUGAAAAAUAAAGGAAUAUUGUAC